GCGCUGCAUUACUGGGAUCUCAGGCUGUGUACAGAGAGUAGAGACGGUGAACAUCUGCUCGGGCUGUCACAAAGACAUCCGGUAAUUGGCAGAGACCGUCAUCUAAACACAAGUGAGAGUUCCGACAUGUGAAAGAGACGGCGGACAUCUGCAGAGCGACAAGGAGAGACGUGGCUGCGAGUGCUGUGUGUGAGAGUCAUGCAGCAGGCGGCGCUCACGUUCGAGGACGUCGCCGUGUGUUUCUCGGAGGAGGAGUGGAAGGGUUUGCAGGAGACGCAGAAGGAGCUGUACAGAGCGGUGAUGACGGACAAUUACCGGCACCUGACCUCACUGGGACUCUCGGCCUCCAAACCUGAGAUUGUGAUGAAGAUCGAGAGAGGAGAAGAUCCGUUUCUUCACAGAGAACCCUCGGCCCUCCAGUGCAACUCCCCGGAGCGUGAGUGUGAGUUGCUGGGAAGCCUCGUGGGGGGGUGCUGGGUUCAUAGACUCUUCUCUGGCGUGCGUUCGCCGCUGAAAGACGUUCCUGCGAUGAGAAGAACUAAAAAGCUGACUUGGAACCUCCGGCGGAAUCCGGUCCGUGACUCGCGGGGAGCCGAGACGCAUCCGUUACCCGGAGAAGGCCGCACGCUGAGAUCGAGGAAGCGGCCGCAGCAGCUUCAGGAAGAAGGAGCCUCUUCCGGGUGGGCAGGAGAUGUCGCCUCCCCUGGGAACGCAGCCUCCUGUUCCCCGGGGGCCAAAAAGUGUGCAGUCCAAGAGCCCCCUGGGGAAGGUCCACAGACAGGGGCCGAGGACCAGGAACCCGGACCCCUGGGUGACGGGACUCGGGGAGAACCUCGGGUGAUUAAGGAAGAGGAGCCGGAGCAGCGGCCUGCGAUGGCCGAGGGUCCGGGGAAGCCCUUCACGUGCGUCCUAUGUGGAGAAAGCUGGAGCCAUCUGGCAGACCUCCUGUCCCAUCAGAUGGAGCGCUGCCAGGUGCGGCCCCACCGCUGCCCCGUGUGCGCCAAGAGCUUCGUGAAGAAGCAGCACCUGAGUGCGCACAGGAAGACCCACACGGAGGCGCGACCCUACACCUGCGAGCAGUGCGGGAAGAGCUUCCGCCAGAACUCCACGCUCACCACCCACCUGUGGAGCCACGCGGGCCACAAGCCCUUCCUCUGCACCCUCUGCACCAAGCGCUUCUCCCGCAAAACGGACCUGAUCGCCCACGUGAGGCGGCACACGGGCGAGCGGCCCUACCAGUGUCCCUACUGCUGUUACACGUUCAUACGCAAGAAGUCCCUACAGAGACAUCUGCAGAAACACGCCGGGGAGACCCUGCCUCCUGCCUGGGACUUCGACGUUCCUGCGGGGGCGCUGAGCGACGCCAUAUCCGAGAGGAACGUGAAAUGCGAGCAGGAUGAGGGGGAGAGCCACCAGAGCCCAGACGCCAGCCCCGCGAGGGAGCUCUCCCCCAGAUGGACAGAUGGAGAUCAGAGGAGGGGGAUAUUGCAGUCGCCCCCUUGCAGACACACUGGCCAAAGCUUGGAUCCCGUGAUGGAGCCCGUGAUGGAGCCCGUGAUGGAGCCCGUGAUGGAGCCCGUGAUGGAGCCCGUGAUGGAGCCCGUGAUGGAGCCCGUGAUGGAGCCCGAAGAGACGGCGAUUGCUCCAGAACCGGUGGAAACAAAACAUCAGAGCACCCAGACAGAGCCGCAGAGGAGGAAGGCGGUCACGGUCCAGCAGAGAAUGCUGAGAGAGCUGAGAAGGUUCCGGAGAGCGGCCGCCCGCAGCCAACGCGACCAGGACGCCAUCACAUUAGCCGUGGACCAGCUGUCUGAAGGGAUGAGGGAGCUGAAGGAGCUGGUGGGGACGUUGUGCGCUGCCAAAGCCUUGGCCGACAGACCCCCCGCAGAGCCCGGGACCCCUUUGGUGCCCCCCUCCUGUCCGGUGUGGAUUAACCAGGAGCCGACGUCCGGCCGCCCCCCGCAGGACAGACUUCGCGUGGCUUCCGGCAGAGCGUCUCCGGAGAGCGGCCGUCUGUGCGGUCCGGGUCACCCCGUGGAGACUUUCUCUGAGCGCGGCAACGAUCGCACGUCAUGGAUGUACCGGACCUCUUCGCGUGACGACGACGUGUUACGGCGGACGACGGCCAUGGCCUCCGUCAACAAGGAGCAAGACCUGGAGUCUCCAGGGGGCCCGUUCGGCGGAGCAGCGGACUUUUCCCGUUACCAGGUCGGGGAGCGUCUCCCCAGCAUCGCCAUGCUGCCGCUCAGCGCGGAGAAGGAGCGCGCUUUACUGGCCAAAAGUGGUGGGAAGCCCGGAAGGUUCGCGGCUCUCGUAUUCCGGGCCCUCGUUCCCUACGACGUCUACAAGGGGUGGGUGAACCGCGUGAACCUGGACGGCCUGAGGGGCCGCAAGGGGAUCCCCCUGAACGUUAAGAGGAGGAUGAUGGGAGUCGUGGAGCGUUACUUCACUCUGAGGAAGUCGGAACAUCGCGAGAUCUGCAACAGACUCAACGAGCAGCUUCGGACCAGGCGCGGGGGCGGCAAAAUCCCCAAAUUCUUUUACUGACCCCAGCACCGGACUCCGGUGACCCCCGAACUGUAAAGCACUUACUUUUUAAAGCCC